UUGAGUAGUGAAAAGAAACCGUGGUGAGCUGAAGCUCAACUUCAUAGACAGGCAUGGGACACAGACAAAGAGAUGUGAGCCCGAAAUCUCAUGUUUCUACAGCUGAUGCCCAAUGAGAUUUGUGGUUAAUAUUGUCCUACUGACGGCGUCCCUCAUGAAACACCACAGCAAUAACGGCUGUUCUGCUGUCUGGAACUCCUCCUUGUCCUGCUCUCCACAUGAUUCUGAAAAAUCAAACCUGGAGGAGAAGUGCCUGAAUGCCAGCACAUCCCUUGUAGAGAAUGAAAAGGCAUUUCUGGACUGCCUGUCUGAUCUCAAUACUAAUGUAUUGCAGCAUUUGCUGUACUACAAUUCAGUUGACCAGAAAUGGGAUAUGCAUAUGAAACAGGUCCUCCAGCUCAAUGAGAAAUUCCAUGCACUCUGGGACCAGACUGGAGAGAGGUGUAAUCAUCUGAAGCAGCUGCUACACCAAAGCAAUCCCAUCACCAUCAAGGACCUGUACAUCGUCAGCAAUACAGCAGGAGUCCAGGAGCUUUACAUACAAUACUUCUCAGCAUUCACAAACCUUGAUGUAGUGGGAGGUUUUGAUUAUCUUGCAAAAAAGACAAGCAAUUACUGGAAAAAGAAUAAGAUAAACCUCAGCAGGUUUUUCUUCAGUUCCGAAAAACCUGAAAGCUCAGUCUCGGUAAGCCUCUACAGAGUCCUUCAUGAGCGCAUCAGAGACCAGGUCACGCAGUACAUCCUUAUCCUUAAACGUCUCUGCCAGUCAACUGAAAAGCCUACAGGUGUUCAGGAAGUGAAUGAAGCUCUUAAGGGGUAUAUCGACCUACAAAGUCACAUCAGUCAACUUCUGGAUGAUGCUUCCCUUACAAAGGUCCUGUGGAAAUCUCUGGGGCAGAAAUUAUCAGAUAUUUUGUGUACCCCUGAACGCAGGCUAAGAGAAGACAGCAAGAACAUGCCAAUAUCCCAUUCAGCUGGACGAUUCAGCCAUGACAGAAUACUGCUCUUUGAUGAUGUGUUGGUAAUUCUUCAGGGAUCUGACGUUCACUGCUAUGAUCUUACUACAGUCUGGACUGAGGAAACAACAGAAGAGAAUUCAGAUAGGAGGGUUCUCAAAGUGAUCACACCUGAAGAGAACUUUACAUUGUAUACCCAGGAACCACAGCAUGAGGUGGUGUGGCAGUGGAAGCUAAACCAUGCUGUUCGUCAGUGUUUGAACAGGAGGCGGGACUUCCCCCUUUGGGGAAAAAGAGGACAAGAUCAAAAUCCAAGUGGCCCCCCACUUUAUCGAUUUGCAGUAUAUACCUUUAAAAAUGAAGGCAGGUUGAAGAAUGCUAUUUAUGAAGGCUACUGGAAUCAAGGGAAACCACAUGGAAAAGGGACAUUAAAAUGGGAAAAUGAACGUAACUAUACUGGGGACUUCCAGAAUGGCCAGGAACAUGGGUUUGGAGUCUAUGUGGAUCCUCACACAGGGACAGAGGGCUAUGAUUGCUACAAGUGUCACUGGAGAGAUGGAAAAAUGCAUAGAUAUGGAAUCUGUGAGUAUAGCAACAGUGUGGUGUACAGAGGCUAUUUCAAAGACAACCUGCGCCAUGGAUUUGGGAUUUUGGAAAGUUCCAAAACUGACAAUAGUGCUUUCAGAUAUGUAGGACACUGGAAGAAUGACAAAAAACAUGGAUAUGGAAUCUUAGAAAGCACCGACAGUGGGGAGAGUUACAUAGGAAUGUGGCAAGAGGAUCACAGAGAAGGCAAUGGAAUUGUGGUCACACAGUCAGGGUUAUGUUAUGAAGGCACUUUUCACUGUGACAAACUAAUAGGCAAAGGUGUUUUGCUAUCAGAAGAUAACUCUCUUUAUGAAGGGGAGUUUACUGAAGAUUUGCAGCUGAAAGGAAAGGGGAAGCUGACAUUUUCAAAUGGAUUCACAAUAGAAGGUGCUUUCAGUAACAGGUUUGGAAAUGGCCUACAGGCAAAUGGAGUUCUGAAUACGGCAGGCAAUGAUGACAUUGCAGAGGCAGCUGCUCAGCUACAGCUGGGACUGCAUGGUUUACCAGUGAAAGAGAGAUGGCCAGGAAUCUUUGAACCCUUUGUUGAGUACCUGCGUGCUGGCUCCACAGAUGAGUCAGAGGAGGCUUUCCUUGGUUUCCAUACAGAAAGUGGCAGGUCACUGAGAAAAGCAAUUAGUGAUAAACGGGCAGAUCAAAACUGCAGUGAACCAACCAUAACUUAUCUUGCUGGCAAAAGAAAAUGUGGAGAACUGCCAGUGAAGAACAUUGACUUUAUAAAAGACUUAAAAACACUACAAGAUGUGGAACAGAUACAAAAGUACCUGGAAAAGUCAUUCCAGUCUUCCAUGCAUCCUUUGGGAAAGCUCCUCCAGAUACAAGUCUUCGUGUUCCAGGCCACUUACUCUGGGAUGGGAGCAAACAAGCACUUAGUGACCAUGGCACAGGAAGAAGUUAAAUACCAUGCUGAGAAAAUUCUGGAAAUUAUCAUGGAUUAUAUCUCCUUGUCAUUAACAGGAGAUUCACAAGAUGAAGUGACAAGGAAUGAACUGAACUGUUAUUCUCUGGUCUUGCCCCUGAUCCUGCCUGCAUUCUACCCUGAGCUCUCAAUGCUGUACAUGCUCUUCCAUGAAAAAGAUGAUGCCCUCUAUUGGCAGGGUAUUGUUCACCUUGGCCUGCUGUCAGAUACAAAACUGUUGGAGUUCCUCGAUGUACAGAAACAUUUAUGGCCACUCAAGGACCUCCAUUUGACUAUUAAUCAGAGAUAUUCUCUAGUAAAGGACCAGUGUUUCCUUUCAGCAAUUGAGUGUUUCCAGAAAAUAAGCACUACAGCAGACCCUCGGGAAAAAAUGGAUACUCUUUAUAAAACAUUUGAGGAGAUUGAGAAAACAGUAUCCAGGGUGCUGAAUCAGGAUUACAAACUGCCCAUGGAUGACCUGUUGCCUCUUCUGGUUUAUGUAGUUUCCAGAGCAAGGAUCCGGCACCUGGGAGCUGAACUGCAUCUCAUCAGAGACAUGAUGGACCCUAAUGGUGUUGGUGGAAUUACUGAUUUCUUACUAACUGCACUGGAGUCCUGCUUCCAGCAUAUCCAGAAACAAGAGAUCAGGCAAGGUCGGUUCACAGACUCAGUCUGAAGAUCACCAAAUGACAAGAUACCUCAAUAUCUUCUUAAGAUCUCAUUUUGAAUCUAUGAUAAAAUAGCAAUGAAUGACAAUAAAAGUAAGCUCCAGGUUCUUAAAUCUUGCACUUGUUAAGACAAGAUAAUGUAGAAAUCUGUAAAGUAUUCUGUUUUAAGAUCUAUGCAUGUUGUCAUUGGUGAGCGUUACCUAAUGCUCAGCAAUGCUUCUUCUUACAUAUGGUAUUGACGUGCAAUAAAUUAUGCAUGCAUUCUGACAAAGAACUGCAUAGUACAAGAAAUUGACAGCAGGCAGCAUGUUACUCGAGCUUUUUGUGCCAUACCACAAUACAUUAGUAAAUCUACAACUUACUUCUUGUAAGAGGUAUAAAACUUGUAAGUGUAAUAAACUUUUACAUUGGGUGUUUUA